AGCUGCGAGUAUAAAAUGAACCGUUUUCCCGACACAAUUUGGUGAAACCUCGGAAGCCUUCAGAAAAGCCUCGGUUUCCCCAUCACUAAAGUGUACGUUAUCCGUCUUCUUGCUUCAUGUACCUAGGAACACGGAUGGCCACCACCAUAUCCAUGUAGACACCACCUGAUAGUAACAACAAUGGGACGAUUGGGGACCGUGGUCCUUUGAGCCAAGAUGGCGUCGCUGUAACCCCGCGUCACUCCAGCCUUCUACCACCUGUUUAAUGACGCUACUCGAAACACACGGCGAAGACGCCCUUAGCAACAAACCAGACAAAUCACAUCAACAACAAAAAAAUAAUAAUAAUUGGAGCUCCUGCUGCUGACAAGACUGGGUUUAAAAAAAAAAAAAAAAAACAUAACGUCGUUUUUAACGGUGUUAACGCACUUGAGGACAUUAUAAUAUUACCCGAAUCUGAAUUUCAACGAGAACUGGGGCUUUUUAUUGUUGUUGUGUGUGUGUGUGUGUGCCCAGAGUUGAGGUAAACGUUAGCUAAAGCUAACCGACGAUUACCUCUCCUCAAAGCGAAAACGGCUUCACGAGCAUUCCGGAAGGAGGACGGGUCACGGGGCCGGUCGAAGCAGAAGCUAACUAACUCUUUUUAACUAAUCAGUGACCGCAUAGUACACUCGAUAUUUAGUGUUUCUUAUGGGGAAUGGUUCUCUGGGGUUGGAUAUAUAUAUAUAUAGUAAUCAACCGAGAGAGAGAGAGAGGCGAGGAGGGGUCAGACAAGCUAAAGCUGUGUCAUUUUGAGAUUCGAAACGGUUUCGGACGGCGGGAGUCGUUUAGUUUUUGCUCAUCUCGCGGACGUGUGUUUUUGUGUGGUUGUGUGUUUUUGUGUGGUUGUGUGCGUGGUUGUGUGUGUAGUUGUGUGGUUGUGUGUGUUUUUGUGUGGUUGUGUGUUUUUGUGUGGUUGUGUGUGUGGUUGUGUGUUUUUGUGUGGUUGUGUGCGUGGUUGUGUGUUUUUGUGUGGUUGUGUGUGUAGUUGUGUGUUUUUGUGUGGUUGUGUGUUUUUGUGUGGUUGUGUGUGGUUGUGUGUGGUUGUGUGCGUGGUUGUGUGCUAACGACGUUUAGCUGACGGAAACGAGAAACGACGACUCCCAUCGCUGGAACUUUUUCAGCCUGCAGGGCUAUAACGAGUCGACAAAGCCAUGGGUUUUAAGGACGAGAGUAUAAAGGUCACAUUGUGUAGGUAGAGAGUCCUGGCUAUAAUAUUAAGUUGAGCAAGUGAGGAAAGCUAUAUUAAAAACUAAUUUAUGUAGCUCUAUUUCAUCCGAUGAAGUUGGCUAGUAGGGGUUGUUUUGGAUCCCUUGAGCUAGCUAAACGAGCACGAAUUGCAAGUGAUACAAGCUGUCCUCGGAAGUCUUUAAAAAAAAUUAUAACUAGCCGAAGUCUUGGCUAGUUUUUUUAAACGUUUUUUAUUUUUUAUUUUUUUUAGAUACGGUUGUUUUUACUAAAGAUUUUUUUAAAACUCCACCUCGGAUGCUGGCUUCAAAGUUAAACUGCAAUCAUGAUGGUAUUACAGAGAAAAGCAGAAGGCCCCAUAACAGCAGCGCGUCAUGGUGACGGCCUCUAUAACUCCUACAUGAGAACUGACCACCUACUGAAGGAAGAAGCAGACACACACAGUCCCGCUGGCCUGCCCCCGAUACCCAAACACACUGUGAAUAAGCCAGGUGUGAUGCGGGACCAGAUCGGUGUUAGCGGGGGUCAGCUGAAGGUCAAGUACCCGUACGAUGACUCCACCUACAACCGCAAGGUCAAUGCUAUUACCACAACAACACACAACGGCAACAGCACCACCGGUAAACCCGCCCCGGUGACUGGGCUGUCUAAAGAGCGCACCACCGGUAAACCCUCCCCGGUGACUGGGCUGUCUAAAGAACGCAGCUCAGACAGUACGGGCUCCAGUAAAGGGUCGUCAGAGAGUACCGGACCCUGGGGAGGCAAACUGGUGGGACCCCUGACUCCUGAACAGGCCCUCAGACAGUACCGCUCUCAACUCACUAUCCUGGAACAGACUGAGAUACACUCCUACCCAGAGGUGUAUUUCCUGGGUCCCAACGCUAAGAAGCGUCCUGCAGUCGCUGGGGGCAACAACAAUGGGGGUUUUGAUGACGAGCAGGGCGGGUACAUCCAUGUACCCCACGAUCACCUGGCCUUCAGAUACGAGUUCCUCAAAGUCAUCGGCAAGGGCAGCUUCGGACAGGUGGCGAAGGUGUACGACCACAAGCUGCAGCAGCACCUGGCUCUGAAGAUGGUCCGUAACGAGAAGCGUUUCCACCGCCAAGCCCAGGAGGAGAUACGUAUCCUCGAGCACCUCCGUAAGCAGGACCGCUCUGGAUCCAUGAACGCCGUCCACAUGCUAGAACACUUCACCUUCAGAAACCACAUCUGCAUGACCUUUGAACUGCUCAGCAUGAACCUGUAUGAGCUGAUCAAGAGGAAUAAGUUCCAGGGCUUCAGUCUGCCGCUGGUCAGGAAGUUUGCCCACAGCAUCCUGCAGUGUCUGGAGGCUUUGAACCGACAUCGGAUCAUCCACUGUGACCUGAAGCCGGAGAAUAUACUGCUGAAACAGCAGGGACGGAGUGGAAUCAAGGUGAUAGACUUUGGUUCGUCAUGUUUCCAUCACCAGCGUGUCUACACGUACAUCCAGUCCCGCUUCUACCGUGCCCCUGAGGUCAUCCUGGGGUCACGCUACGGUCUCCCCAUUGACAUGUGGUCAUUUGGCUGUAUCCUGGCUGAGCUGCUGACAGGGUAUCCCAUGUUCCCAGGCGAGGACGAGGGGGACCAGCUGGCCUGUGUCAUGGAGCUACUGGGCAUGCCCCCUACCAAGCUGCUGGAGCAAGCCAAGAGGGCUAAGAACUUCAUCUCCUCCAAGGGCCACCCGCGCUACUGCGGGGCUAACACCUUGCCCAGUGGGGCCACGGUGUUCACGGGCUCCCGCUCGCGCAGGGGUAAGCUCCGGGGUCCCCCUGCCAGUAAAGAGUGGAGCGCGGCCCUGAAGGGAUGUGAAGAUCUCACCUUUGCAGACUUUAUUAAGAGGUGUCUAGACUGGGACCCUUCCAGCAGACUGACCCCUAGCCAGGCCCUCAGACACCCCUGGCUCUACCGACGCCUGCCUAAGCCCCUGGCCCCCGCCGCUGGGGAGAAGAAGGGAGCGGCAGAACACCACUCUACCUCCUUCCCAUCCAUCCCGCCGGCUAAAGGAGGGAGCGGCACAGGGGCAAAUCACAAACAGAGAGCCAACAUGAUGGGAGACUCAGCAGGGUCCAUACCCCUCCGCACCGUGCUGCCCAAACUGGUCUCAUAGGACAGAUGGAGAGAGGGACAGAACCAGGAGGUUUUAAAUGAGUUGGGUUGUUCUUUUCUCUUUUGGUUUUCUGUGUUUUUAAUUAUUUUGGAACGCGUGGACACUCCAGGUGUUGAUUUAGAAUUGUAUCUGGUAAACGGCCGUUUUGGACAGACUAUAUAAAGGUGUUUACAGCAGGUUAACUGACUCAGUGAUUACUACAUAGACACCUUAGAGCAGCUCCGGCCCUGCUGCUCUCCUACCUCAUCAUUCAUUACAGGGUCUAGACCAGUCCCUGAUGAGGGGAAUCACCCACCUGGUGUCCCAGGUCUAGACCCUGAUUAGAGGGAAAUCACUCACCUGGUGUCCCAGGUCUAGACCCUGAUGAGGGGAAUCACCCACCUGGUGUCCCAGGUCUAGACCCUGAUGAGGGGAAUCACCCACCUGGUGUCCCAGGUCUAGACCCUGAUUAGAGGGAAAUCACUCACCUGGUGUCCCAGGUCUAGACCCUGAUUAGAGGGAAAUCACUCACCUGGUGUCCCAGGUCUAGACCCUGAUUAGAGGGGAAUCACCCACCUGGUGUCCCAGGUCUAGACCCUGAUUAGAGGGGAAUCACCCACCUGGUGUCCCAGGUCUAGACCCUGAUUAGAGGGGAAUCACCCACCUGGUGUCCCAGGUCUAGACCCUGAUUAGAGGGAAAUCACUCACCUGGUGUCCCAGGUCUAGACCCUGAUUAGAGGGGAAUCACCCACCUGGUGUCCCAGGUCUAGACCCUGAUUAGAGGGGAAUCACCCACCUGGUGUCCCAGGUCUAGACCCUGAUUAGAGGGGAAUCACCCACCUGGUGUCCCAGGUCUAGACCCUGAUUAGAGGGGAAUCACCCACCUGGUGUCCCAGGUCUAGGCCCUGAUUAGAGGGAAAUCACUCACCUGGUGUCCCAGGUCUAAAUCAGUCCCUGAUUAGAGGGGAAUCACCCACCUGGUGUCCCAGGUCUAAAUCAGUCCCUGAUUAGAGGGGAAUCACCCACCUGGUGUCCCAGGUCUAGACCCUGAUUAGAGGGAAAUCACUCACCUGGUGUCCCAGGUCUAGACCCUGAUUAGAGGGAAAUCACCCACCUGGUGUCCCAGGUCUAGACCCUGAUUAGAGGGAAAUCACUCACCUGGUGUCCCAGGUCUAGACCCUGAUUAGAGGGGAAUCACCCACCUGGUGUCCCAGGUCUAAAUCAGUCCCUGAUUAGAGGGGAAUCACCCACCUGGUGUCCCAGGUCUAAAUCAGUCCCUGAUUAGAGGGGAAUCACCCACCUGGUGUCCCAGGUCUAGACCCUGAUUAGAGGGAAAUCACUCACCUGGUGUCCCAGGUCUAGACCCUGAUGAGGGGAAUCACCCACCUGGUGUCCCAGGUCUAGACCCUGAUGAGGGGAAUCACCCACCUGGUGUCCCAGGUCUAGACCCUGAUUAGAGGGAAAUCACUCACCUGGUGUCCCAGGUCUAGACCCUGAUUAGAGGGGAAUCACCCACCUGGUGUCCCAGGUCUAAAUCAGGCCCUGAUUAGAGGGGAAUCACCCACCUGGUAUCCCAGGUCUAAAUCAGUCCCUGAUUAGAGGGGAAUCACCCACCUGGUGUCCCAGGUCUAAAUCAGUCCCUGAUUAGAGGGGAAUCACCCACCUGGUAUCCCAGGUCUAAAUCAGUCCCUGAUUAGAGGGAAAUCACCCACCUGGUGUCCCAGGUCUAAAUCAGGCCCUGAUUAGAGGGGAAUCACCCACCUGGUAUCCCAGGUCUAAAUCAGUCCCUGAUUAGAGGGGAAUCACCCACCUGGUGUCCCAGGUCUAAAUCAGUCCCUGAUUAGAGGGGAAUCACCCACCUGGUGUCCCAGGUCUAGACCCUGAUUAGAGGGGAAUCACCCACCUGGUGUCCCAGGUCUAGACCCUGAUGAGGGGAAUCACCCACCUGGUGUCCCAGGUCUAGACCCUGAUGAGGGGAAUCACCCACCUGGUGUCCCAGGUCUAGACCCUGAUUAGAGGGAAAUCACUCACCUGGUGUCCCAGGUCUAAAUCAGUCCCUGAUUAGAGGGGAAUCACCCACCUGGUGUCCCAGGUCUAAAUCAGUCCCUGAUUAGAGGGGAAUCACCCACCUGGUGUCCCAGGUCUAGACCCUGAUUAGAGGGAAAUCACUCACCUGGUGUCCCAGGUCUAGACCCUGAUUAGAGGGAAAUCACCCACCUGGUGUCCCAGGUCUAGACCCUGAUGAGGGGAAUCACCCACCUGGUGUCCCAGGUCUAAAUUAGGCCCUGAUUAGAGGGGAAUCACCCACCUGGUGUCCCAGGUCUAAAUCAGGCCCUGAUUAGAGGGGAAUCACCCACCUGGUAUCCCAGGUCUAAAUCAGUCCCUGAUUAGAGGGGAAUCACCCACCUGGUGUCCCAGGUCUAAAUCAGUCCCUGAUUAGAGGGGAAUCACCCACCUGGUGUCCCAGGUCUAGACCCUGAUUAGAGGGGAAUCACCCACCUGGUGUCCCAGGUCUAAAUUAGGCCCUGAUUAGAGGGGAAUCACCCACCUGGUGUCCCAGGUCUAAAUUAGGCCCUGAUUAGAGGGGAAUCACCCACCUGGUAUCCCAGGUCUAGACCCUGAUGAGAGGAGAACAGUGGCGCUGGCUUGGAGCUCCAGGGUCCUAGAGGUCAUAGCUGUUCUACAUGUUAUUCUAUGGGUUUAGUCAGCCAGGAUCAGCUGUUUUCAUCUCCAGUGUGUUUUGCUGUACAGCAGGUUUCUCAAACUCGGUCCCGGGGCCCCUCUUGGGUACACAUUGGUUGUUGUCCUAGCACGACACAGCUGACUCAAAUAAUCAAAGCUUGACGAUGAGUUGGUUAUUUGAAUCGGCUAUGUUGUGCUAGGACAACAACUAAAACAUGUGUGUACACACACACACACACACACACACACACACACACGCACACACACACGUCUGCCCUUGUUUGUGCGGUGUAGUGUCAUAUAUAUAUGCUAAAGGAGAUCUGUUGGAUCAUGUAGCAACAACCAGCUUUUAAAAAUCAUUGAAUCAUGUUGAUGAGACACGGACCUCUCUGCUCCUACAUGUUGAUGAGACAGGUCCUUCUGAGGAGACACGGACCUCUCUGCUCCUACAUGUUGAUGAGACAGGAACCUCUCUGCUCCUACAUGUUGAUGAGACAGGAACCUCUCUGCUCCUACAUGUUGAUGAGACAGGAACCUCUCUGCUCCUACAUGUUGAUGAGACAGGAACCUCUCUGCUCCUACAUGUUGAUGAGACAGGAACCUCUCUGCUCCUACAUGUUGAUGAGACAGGAACCUCUCUGCUCCUACAUGUUGAUGAGACAGGAACCUCUCUGCUCCUACAUGUUGAUGAGACACGGACCUCUCUGCUCCUACAUGUUGAUGAGACAGGAACCUCUCUGCUCCUACAUGUUGAUGAGACAGGUCCUUCUGAAGAGACAGGAACCUCUCUGCCCCUACACUCCUGCACAGAAAAAUAUCUUUCAUCACAGACCACCUCGUUAGAUCACUGAGCUGAGCCAGAGACUGGGCUAUCUCUCUGCUAAAUCACAAUGUUUAUUAAAUCAUUGUGUCCAGAGUUGUUUAUCUCUCGUUAUCGCUCCCUGUUGGUAUGUGGUGGGGGGAGGAGAGUGAGAGUGCGGCUCUUUAACACUAAUGUGGGUAUAUCUCUGUCGUUUACAGUAGCCUGGGGAGGGAGGGAUGGAUGUUACACUGAAAGGCGAGAGGAAAGAGGUAGCACAUGCCACACCUCCCUGUUUACUCAGUGGUCGCUAUGGAGCCUGCCGUGGUUGCCAUGGUGUUGUCGUGGAGGGGCAGUAGGAGAGGUUAAAGGAGACGGAAGAGUGACAUCAUACUCUCUGUCAGCUGCAGGGCUUUAAUCGUUGACGUGAAGCGGUCAGAACGUUGCAGAUAGAAAUAGAUGAACUACAGCUGGAACGACUCCCUGUUCUACAUAACAGACCUGACCAUGUUUGUUCUACACCAUACAUUUCUACAUCCUGAGAUGGUGGAGGCUGAUUUUAAAAGACGUUCUCGCUCUCAAGAGGCUUUAUUGGCACGGGAAACAUGUUUACAAAAGUGACAAGGCAAAACAACAACAACAAAACUAUUUAGAAUUUAGAACAGUCAACAUUGCACUCAAAAAAAGGUUUUUACAAAAAUAUCAACAUUUCAAAUAAGUCUUGUUUGAUUUUUCUUUUCAAAUUCUUUAUGUUUCUGUGUGAAAUAUGUAUCUGUAACGUGGUUAUACAUUUAGCAUGAGGUCAGGAAGUGCAGCUCAGUCUCUCACUCUCAGGGCUCUGGCAGACAAAGAUCACGGACACUGCUGAUACUCUUAGACACACACAUUGUGUUAAUGGUGCUGUCACUACACACACACACACACAGACGACAUGUAUGCAUCAGGUGCAUGUUGUAUGGACCAGGCCACAGAGGUUAUAGUUCAGGGUUCAACCUCCUCAACGACAGUCAGGGUUUGUUUUUAUUUGGACUUAUCCUGUAUUCCUUCCUUUUUUUCUUUCUUUUUUUUUUAUAGAAAUUGUUUUUUUUUAUAGCUUUUUGUUACUCAAGACGAGAGGGUUUUUAAAAGCAUAAAUGAAGGUGACGAUGUGUUUUAUAGCGUUAAUGGUGGUGAUGUGUGUUGUAGGCUGUUUCAGCAUGAUGGAAUCACAUGAAACUGUUUCAACACUGAGAUGAAGACCUACUGUUAACCGGUGAGAUGUAAUAAAAUAUUAACUGAAA